AUGGUUGGCCUAACGACGGACGAUAUGGUCGUCCGGACGCAACAACAGCAGCAACCGUCUCCGAACCGACAUUUAGGCGGUGGCCAGAGUGAGUUUCCAGUGUUUAUCCCCCCGAGAAAACGACAGACGGGAAAGAAAUCCAACCUUGGCAAUCAUAUUGACCACAUCGUUAACAUACAGGGUACGCGCAAAGAAUGGGAUUUGACGCCGGAACGUGAAGACUGCCGAAGAAAUAAGCGAUGGAAUAGUGAAGAAAUCAUCGAGAUAAACAAUAAAGGGCCGACAUCGAACGGCACCAACGAGGACGAGGACGAUUUGAACGAGUUGCAAAACUUUCAUCCGCUCAAGGAUAGCUCCACCGUUACUCCUAGCAGCAUCUCCGAAAGCAGUCUCGACCGGAAAUCCAGCAAAUCGGCCGAACUGCUUACCGGAGGCAGUGGGUCGAAGCGUUCGAAAAAGCGUGUCAACAUUCGGACAGAUUUAGAUGAAAUCGGUCGGCGUCGUUCUCCGUCUGCAAUUUGUAAUUACGAGGAUUUGGAAUCAGGCGAAACGAGCGUCCUUAACGCGGACCUGGACCAGCACAGUCUUGAGCGGUACAAUACGAACCGUUCGUAUGCAUCGUCCACCGAUAACUAUCUUACAAUGACGGGUACGAUCAAGCGCGGACGCAAGAAGGGACAAUCGAUUGACGUUCAACUUAACAUUUCCCGCGAAGAGCUGGAGCAGAUCAGCAAACAGGCGCUCGCCGUACAUGGAGAGUCUAAUCGAAGCGAACGGAGCUGCUGUACACUUCGGACCGGUGUGCACAUUCUACUCCUUUCACUCAUAUGUCUGCCGUUCGUAACGUUUACGACCGGCAUCUAUUCAUUUUACAUGGGCACCGUGACCUGGUAUAACAUGUUCACGUACUUUAACGAGGAGCGAUCAUACUGCCAUAAGUUGUUGAUGUCACCGCUACUCAUUCUGGCCUACCCUCUCGGCAUUGUACUGUGUACGGUGGGGCUUGCACUUUACGCAGGCAUCCGGCAGAUCAGUUUCCAUUUUAGAACAUGGAUCAACGAAAUAGCUGACAUCGAGAAAGGUUUUUACGGUUGGCUGUGCUCCGUUUUACACCUUUCCGACUGCAGUCCGUACGAGGUGGUUAUACUGACUGAGAUCUGUCCUACAAAUUCUCAAAUGACCGGAAACACGACCGGUGUCGAUGGAGUCCCAGUCGGAGUAAGGGUGCAUCCUAGCGACGGACGGCUGCAGGGUGAAUCGACGCAAAUUAAUUCUUCCACCGAAGAGCUCUCGGUUUGA